AUGGUGGAAGAUGCAGAUAAAUGUGUUAAUAGGGCUAUACAAAUUGCACAUAAAAUUAUACAAGAUAGUAAAUUACAUAAAGAACAAGAACAACAAAGACUGCAACAAAUAAAACAGCAAAAAGAACAGCAGCAGCAGCAGCAGCAGCAACAGCAACAGCAGCAACAGCAGCAACAGCAGCAACAAGUUGGAGGAGAAAACAAUAAUAAUAACAAGAAGAAGAAGAAUAUAGGAGAAGAAGAAGAAGGAGAUAAUGAAUAUUAUAAUGAGGAAGAAGAUGAGGAUGAAUUAAGAUGUUAUAUAGAUAUAAAAGAAGAAAUAGAUAAAGAAAUAAUAGAUCAUGUUAUACGUUAUUCUCCUUGUUGUAUAACAUUUAUUUCUUCUUUUUGUGGUGGUGUAUUAGCACAAGAAAUCGUUAAAUUCUGUGGUAAAUAUACACCAUUAAAAGGAUUUCUUUAUUUAGAUGCAUUAGAGGCAAUACCUCCUUCUCCUUUUAUUGAUUAUUUAUAUCAAUUAGAUCAGCAGCAGCAGCAGCAGCAGCAGCAGCAACAGGAAGAGGAGGAACAAGAAAAGGAGAAGGAGAAGGAGAAGGAGGAAGAGGAGGAAAAGGAGGAAGGGGAGGAAGAAGAAGAUAUAUUAGAUAAUGAGGGUGCAGAUAUGUUGGGUAUAUUUGGUGAUUUAUUUAUUAAACAUAUAAAUAAAUUAAAUAUAUUUAUAGUUGGUGCUGGUGCAUUAGGUUGUGAAUUAUUAAAGUUGAUGGCACUUUCGGGUGUGGAGGCAUUAGAGGCUCGUGUUGGUCCUGAGACAGAGCACGGCAAUAUGUUGAUUCGCGUUGUCACCUAA